UCCACUGAUGAAAUUUGGCGAAAUAUUUUCACGUAAAAUUCAAAAUGAAAUAUAUCAACAAUAAGCCCAUGACUUUUUGUGUGUAAUAGGUUUAUAGAAUGUCAUUCUAUCUGCAGUGUAGAGUGUGUAGGAAUCCUGUUGUGAAGGAAGAUCAGCUUGUAGAUAGUUACAAAGCAGGAUUCAAAGUAUGUGACAAUAGCACAGUAUGGUAUAUAAGAGAAGACAGUAUGCCUGAUUGGGUGUCUGAGGCAGUCAUCAAGGAAUCGUGGCAGAAAGGGAAGUUGUGUUGUCCAAAGUGUAAUGGUAAACUGGGAUCAUUCAACUUUAUCAAGAUACUUACAUGUCAACAAUGUGACAAUCAUCAACUGCCACCUGUUCAUAUACUUAGAGACAGAGUGGAUAAAAAGAUUUUAGCAGUCACGUCAUGUAUUUCUCCAGAUAAUGCCACUAUUGGAAGCCUGCAUCAGGUAUUAACACCUUCAAGUGAAAGCCUGCAUCAGGUAUUCACACCUAGAAUUUAUCCUGAUGGAACCAAUACAUGUAGUAGAACAUUGAUUGGUAUGGAUCAUCAGCAUGUAACUUCUUUGCUGGGUGCUCAUGUUGUUAACUCUAAUGAACUUCCAGUCAGUCCUAAAAUGGUGGCACAACACAAAACAGAUUCACCCAAUCAUGAUUGCUAUAUGAUCAAUAAUAAUGAUCAAUCUGUGAUUAAUGAUGAGGUCAUGAUUGAUCGGGUUGAUGAAUAUGGAUCAGAUAUUGAUGAUACAAACUCUGAUUUUUGCCCAGAAGAUUUUAUCAAGAUUAGGGAUGCAGAAUGUUUAGAUGAACCCACAUCUGAGUCAAAAAGAACUAUCUUUGAUCCGUACAAAGAAAUGUCCCAGAAUGAUCUCAAUGGCUUUCAGGCUCCAUCAAAAGACCAUUGUGUAGAUCAAGCAGUGACAUUUUCCUGUUUAAGAGUUGCUGAGGAAAAUGUUUUAGCGACACAUAAUGAUGAAAUGGAUGAAUGGAAUGACAGUAAUCUUGAACAAGACAAAAGCAAUGAAAAACUUGAGAGAGUUCAGGAUUUUGGGCAGACAACUAUGGCCAUGUCUUUCAAAACCGACUGUGAUACUUUUCAAAUGCAUUCUCUUCCUAGUGGCAAUGAACACAAAAGUACUAAUGUCACUCAUAUACAAAGUGAUUCUGGUGAAGAUUAUACUUUCACCAGUAAUACACACCAUUUACUACAAGAUUUCAGUUCAACUGUUCUUACUGAAUCUAGUCAAAUUAUCAAUAGGACAUAUGAAGAAGAAACUAAUGGCCUUCAGAUGGAACAACAAACAAAUGUAAUCCUAUCUGAACCAUUUGAUACUUAUCAGGAAAACAUAACCCAUUCAGAUUCACGCGGGCUUGAUGAGCAACACUUUAUAGAAACAAAUGCAGAAAUUCUUACUGAAGAGUUAGAAAGCCAGGCGCCAAGUAAUAGCAGGCUUCAGAGGUCCGUAGAUACCAUUAUAGGUGACCAGUCUGUAUUUGAGGAAAGUCGUGCACCAAAUGGAGAAGAUGAAAGUCUUGUGCCAAUUUCAUUUGAUGAAAAUCCUGUGCCAAAUUUGUUUGAGGAAAGUCCUGUGGCAAAUGAAGAUGAUGGAGACAUAGAUGUAGAUGUGGAUAUACCUGUUGAUUUUCUGACGUUCUCUGAGAAUGCUGAGAGGAGUAGGAGGAGGAGACCAAACAGGAGAUCAAGAAGGGAAAACAAGGGAAAAAGAAAAGAGAAAAAAGAACUGCCAAAGACUGAAAAUGUGUAUGAAACCUGGUUUGUUGAUUUCCCAGAUGAACAUUUAUGUCCCGUCUGCUUUGACUUGUUUUGUGAACCCCAUGCCUGCUCUCCAUGUGACCAUGUGAUGUGUGAAGCAUGUCUGAGACGUGUUGGUCACAAGAACGUUUACAAUACUCCAUGUCCAAUGUGUAGACAGCUGAUUGUACAGUGUAUCAAGAAAAUAGAACUGGUUAAAACUUUGAAGGAUUUUUACCCUGAAGAGUACCGAGCCAGACUACGGGAACAGAGAAAGUAUCUAAAUGACAGGUUUAGUCCACUACCUCAUAGGAGAACAGCAUUAGCCCAGAGUCAAGAGGACAUCAGAAACAGGAUUCUAGGACAAAGAAACAAUCUACAACCUCACAGAGCCAAAAUAUAUCUAGCUGGUUUUGUCCUCCUUAUAAUGAUAGUACCAGUGAUGUCAUUGGGAAAAGCUGUUGUUAACUCUGCCAUAGGUUUGGUGCAAGAUAUCUGGACAUGGUUAUGAAAUGGCAUCUUUUAUUCAGAAAUCAUGCAUUGUAUAUCAAUUUUUCAUGGAAUUUGUGGUUGCAGGUCAACCAAGAAAUUAAAUGUUCAAAGAAUAACAAAUUUGCCAUAAAGAUUAUAUUAUGUAGAUUUUGGCAAAACCAGGAAAUUGAUGUUUUCCUACCGGUUAUUCCACAAAAAUAGAAGAAGUCACAGUAUACUGUAAAUUCAGAAAUUAUUGCUUCCAUUUAUUAU